AUGCCAAAAGGAAAGCAAGCACCCGCCAAAGGAGCAAAAGCCUCAACUAAAACCACAAAAGAUAAUAAAGAAGAGAAACAAAAGGGGUGUACUAAAAUCAAAGUUAGACACAUUUUGUGUGAAAAGCAAUCAAAGAUUCUUGAGGCACUUGCCAAGCUUGAAGAAGGAAAACCAUUUAGUCAAGUUGCUACGGAAUAUAGUGAAGAUAAAGCAAAUCAAGGAGGAAGUCUUGGAUGGGUAAUUCGAGGACAAAUGUGUGGAGCAUUUCAAGAUGUUGCAUUUAAUGCGCCAGUGGGUAAAUACACUCAACCAUUUAAAACGCCAUUUGGAUAUCACAUUGUUUUAGUUGAAGAAAGAAAAUAA